AUGCUUGCCGACUCAGCGGAGAAUCAGCGCGGUGGAAGUGAUGUACCUAAGCUGCGUACGGCGUGUGAGAACUGCAGGCAGUCCAAGGUCAAAUGCAAUAUAUCCGGCAAAAGCAUGUGCACUCGGUGCCUUCGAAACGGGCUGCAAUGUCAAUAUGGCUUUGCCAACCGUUCGGGCAAGCCGAAGGGGAGCAAGAACCACGCUACUUUGAGAAAAUUGGGUGAAUUGCCUGAUGAAAAGCCUCCUGUGCGAACCUUUCGCUCGGCACGAAACGGGACCGCUGCCGAGCGUCGUGGGUCAUUUUCGACAAGGGACUUGGUCGGGUCCAAUGUGGACCGAACGGCCCUGGAGAACCAUACCGGUUUUAUACCAGGCCCAUCGCACAGGUGGGACAGCCCAAGUAGUCUGGAUAACGGAGCUCUGCCGGUACCACUGUGUUCUCCACUGGGAAUUCCCAUGGCCGGUCUCGAAGACAUGACUCCUUCCCUCCUAGUCGGAUCAGAGUACCCUAGCUCACCGGAGACGUCUUCGCUCAUGACUUUUGACUCGCCAGAGUUUUGUAUGAGAAGUCCUCCACUCAGUGACUCGAUGCCAUCCCCAUAUGUGCCUCUCGCUCUGUGCGAAUGCAACGAUAUGCAAAUGUUGAAUUUCAAUCGCCUUGGUCAGCUCCUCGCCAACCCACAGUGCUUGCGGGUCGAUCAGUCCUUGCAAAUCAUCAAGACGACGUUUGCUGUUGGACAAGUCUUCCUUCAAUGUCAACUCUGUACCAAGGAACAUUCCAAUCUCUUGCUUCUCACUUCUACUCUUGACGUGGCGAUGCAAUUCUUUGAACGAUGGGUGUUGCGACAAUCUAAUCGAGCGCCAGAUGCAGAGCCUCAGAGUAUCAGAUACGGUUACUACGAGGUCUGUCAGGAGGAAGCCGCUCAAAUCCAGGGGCUCUUACUCCGCAGCCUCCUCCGGCAGGGAAAAGGCUUAUUGUCAAUGUUGGAUGUUGCUGUCACGACAAACCCCACUGAUCCUGAAAGCUUGUCGAUGACUACUAGACUGGAUGUGUCGCAAGAGAUUGAUUCCAUCUGGGUGUCUUCUGAGGACUGUUUCUCGCCCACCGCCGAGACCGAGGCCGAGACCGAGACUCAGACCAGUGUUGAAUGGAUGAGUGAUGGGGAUCCUCAGAAGCAGUAUUUGUUGUCCAACAUUGCAGGCUUACAAGCGAGGCUGGACGUCUUUCUUCGAUCCGAGUCGAUUGGUGGAUGUAUCUGCGGUUGCCAAUCCACGUUGUGUUCUUCCUAG